AUGACUUUUGAAGAUACUCAUUAUCCCCAAUUGUGCUCUGAUAGAAUAAAAUGGCAUAAUAUAGGUGAUAUUCCAAGAGUUCACAGUAGACAAUCACAUCAGUUUGCAAGCUAUCAUUCCCUAUAUCAAAUCUUUGAUUGCAUGGAUACAGAAUCGAAGAAAGGAGAAGUAGUUAGAAGAGUUGGACUAAUGGGCGCCGGUGGUAGAAGUAACAAUAGUAAUAAUAACAACAAGAGUCUAAAACAACAGUUGGCUGCUGGUAAUCGUAUGAACAAAGACCAGUUUAAGAGGAAAGUGUUUGAAGAGGAUGAUCGUGACUUGGUCAUCCCAACAACAACCAAAUCUGAACGCAUCUCUCAUCAUUCCUCUUCAAACCCAAAAACAAUGACAAUGAUAUCGAAUCAGAUACAAGAGACAUUAAUCAAAUGUCAUUUAAGUUUAAAACAAUAA